CAAAAUUCGUUUGUUCAAUUCACCGCAAGGGUCAAGAGUGUUCACGAUAGAUUGAAAACGACCAACACGUCCGUAAAUCCGGAAGAAUGGAUCCGGACCGAGUGCGAGCGUACCUUCAAAUAUCAUGUGCGGGACUUGGGUUUGAUAUCGGGGAACUAUGGUGGACAACCAACAAGAACGGUGAAAGUACUUCAGCUCUCGCAGCAAUAGGUAUGUUUUGUCGACCGAAAAAAAUUGAGAGACGAAAAAUUCUUCCCCUCUGCAAGGUGUUCUUUCGUCAAUGGCAGAGACUGAUUGGACUGAAUUUUAGUCGCGAAUCAAUUUCGUUAAKUACUGAAAACAGUAAAUCGUCCACAAUUAUGACGUUUGGUUUUUGGGGUUCUUCAUCCAACUUCCACAAUCUCCAAGGAGUUUGUUGAAUUUGGAWGACACCUGAGAGUGGCCAAAACCGUCCUAGUGUCUUUCUGUAUCUCAACUCAGAAUUGUCUACUAAUUGUUUUCUGGUUGUAUCAUCGAACCAGAGGAGAAAGAAGACUCCCAUGGGGUCACUACAGAUAAUCAUGAAAAGAAACUGCGCUUUGUGCAGCUCUACACGUCGAAAUCUUAUGAAGCCCGGCGGCCGAUGCUAAUAAGACCUGCGGAUGAAGAGGAAAAUAGCGAUUCUCAAGCGGAUGGCUCGGCUUCAGAAGASAGUUCAGAAAAACAUGUUUUAUCACCAACGUUGGUAGACGCAAUAUCAAAAACUGCGCAAGUUGUAUGGGCUCAUACGAAGAAAUCCGAGGGUCUCACCGGCCGUUCCGAUAUUCGCCUCCAAACAGCUGUAGGAAUGCCUGUAGCUGUAGACAGAGACGGAAAUAUGUGUGUUGUUGUGAUGUUUUCACCCAACAAUAUACAAAGUACGGAUAAUGCAUUAGAAUAUCUUCAGUCCAUUAGUCGGAGUGCAACAUCCUCGUCGAUACCAUGUUUGUUACCGGCAUUCGACCCGAGAGAAGGCCUCAUUGCCUUACAACACCAUCACCAACAUUCAAAAGAUGAGGCGCUCCCGCAAUUAUCCAAUAUUCUCACUGAUGGCGUCACAACUCGAUUUGUUCCUCUCGAUGAAAAUUCAGAUGUGAGAAAUCAACUUUCCGUUCCGGAAGUGCAUAGUGAUCACGAUCUUGAAAGUGCACCGAGAGAUUGUUUUGGGAUUCCCAUGCUCCCGGCUGUCGCAGAGAUAGGCAACCCUAACAAGGCACAAUUGAAAAAUGAAUCAUUAAAUGAUGCUUUUGAUGAGGCCUCAUUUGGCGUCUGGUCAACAAUUAUGCAAACUCUCGACCAAACAGAUGCCACUCUCGUAAGUGAACAACAGGAAACCCAAAAGUCUCUGAAUGGAGAUUAUCUUCCACUGCACAAUUCCAUAGAAAAUGAGAUCAUUGCAGAAGAAAAACCAUACAUGGAUAUCGAUAGGCAGGAGAGAUUGGAAGAAUUCGCGUCGGCAUUCUUGGACGUAUCUAUCUUUGAUUUGGCUGAAAUUUGGUUUCCGACAGGGCAGAACUCGGAUUCCCUCGGUCUAAUUUCGUCAGUAAAAAGUAUUGACAACAACACACCUCUUGAUAUUUUCGCGAGAGAAAGCAAAAACACCCUCAUCAAAUUUUGGUCAGGAGCAGUGGGAAGAGCACACUCGUCUGGAAACCCUGUUUGGAGUUUCAACAAGGUUAGUCUUAGCGAUCACUGAUGAAUUUUCAACAUGCUCGUAUUCGCAAUCAUAUCUGAAUCUCGCCAUUCUUUAUUUUCAGAAYGUCUUUUCGGAUUCAGGGCGUGCUCAUUUAUUUCGGCAAAC